AUGCCUCACCUGAAGGACGGAUUGUCAUUUAAAUCCCGGCUCAGUGUCUUGGUUUUCCAUCACACUGUUGUCGCUCUCCUUCUAACAAACACCUGUGCAGGUGAGUCGCAGCUGAUUGGUCCACUUCAGCCCAUAGUGGCAAUGAUCGGUCAUGACGUCAUUUUGCCGUGCCAACUGGACCCUGCCGAGGAUGCCACUGUCAUGACCGUGGAGUGGGCCAGGCCGGACCUGGAGCCCAGAUUUGUCCACGUGUUACACGAUGGCCUGGAACUGGAUGAGAAAAAAUACCACCUCUACAUGGGACGAACAUCGCUGCUGAAUAAUCAGCUGAUGUACGGUGACGUUUCACUGAAACUCGCUACAGUGAAACUCUCUGAUGAGGGAAAAUACAAGUGCUUCAUUCCCACGUUGAGUAAAGAAAUGCUCAUUGACCUUGUUGUUGGUGCUGCCUCCUCUCCUGUCCUAACAAUUAACAAAGACACUAGUGCAGUGGUUUUAGAUUGUGAAAGUAAAGGCUGGCACCCAAAGCCUGAGCUGUUUUGGCUGGACGGUGAGGGAAACCUCCUCCCUGCUGGAGCUCCAGAGACAGUCAGAGGUCCUGAUGGCCUCUAUACUGUCAGCAGCAGAGUGACUGUGGAGAAGAGCCACAGCAACAGCUACACCUGCAGGGUUCAGCAGCACAAAAUACAGCAAACCAGGGAGACACAGAUUCAUCUUGAAGAUGGUGUCUUCAUGAACAAAUCUAAUUGUUCUGCUGCUAAUAUCACCACUGGCUUAGCUGUUGUCUUGUUGUGUGUUGUUGUUGUUGUCUUUUUUGUUUAUUUUUGGAGAACAAACAAACUUGAGACACAGCAGAGAGAAGAGCUCAACAACUUAGGAGAAGAAGGUCCAACAGAAGAAGAGAGAGAAAGACAGAAGCUCAUGGCAGAGAAGGAGAGGGAGGAGCUGGAGAAACAGCUCACGAAGCUGGAGUCAGAGCUGAAGGAGGUAAAGAAAAAUGAAGAGACUGAGAAGAAGCUGAAGGAAGAUGCUGAGAAAAUGAAAGACGAGUACAAAGAGCUGCUAAGAAAGACCAACUUGGUUCUCAAAAACAGAGGGUCAGAACUUGAGAUUAGGCUUACGUCAACCCAAAAAAAGACCAUGAAGAGUUCUGAGAAGAAAGACGGGAAGGUAAAGGCAGUCGCUGAGGCGCUGAAGGAGACAAAUGCAGUGUUCGAUGAGGUUCAGAGAAAGUUUUAG